UUCUCUCCUCCGACCCUCAUCAUCAUCACUGAGACCCCACCUGCACAGGAUCAUGAGUUCUUCUUGGGAUGCGUACGUGCAGUCUUUGGUGGCAGAAAAGAGUAUCACUGACGCCGCCAUCGUGGGGGCCACUCCUGGUUCAGAAAGUGUUUGGGCCUCCACGCCGAGCCUUGCCUGCAUCACGCCAGAUGAAAUCAAGAAGCUGUGCGGUGACUCGAGUGCGAUGCUUGAAUGUGGCCCGAAGGUCGCAGGGAAGAAGUGCAUGAUGCUCCGAGACAACAGAAAGGACGAGGCACAGUUCUGCCUGCAGCUCAAGAUGUCCACAAAGGACGGAGGGUUCUCCAUCUGCGUCGGCGUGGCCAAGACAGCACUGGUGAUAGCUGUGGGUGGAGAAGGUGUGGGUGGAGGUCAGAUGACUAACCACGUCUAUAGUGUGGUUGACCACCUGCGGAAAAGCGGAUAUUAACUCUCCUGUCUGACGAUUCCGCAUUCCGAUGACCCGCCCGCUCCGAGCUCCUUUAGUCUGUUUUUAUUGUUGCUGUAACUGUGAACACGUGUUACUGAGUAUUCACAGGUCCUGCUAAAUACUGUAAACAAACAUAUGACUAAUAAAAACUCCAACCUGUUUAGAGUGUCAGUGUCUCUGUAAGUUAAUAACAAUAAAAUGGAUAUAUGAUGCUUUAUUAUUCACAACAUGUAUUCUUGUCACACUGUCUCUGAUCGUCAUAUCUAAUAAAUAAAAGCUUUUAUUAGUAGAAUAACAGCUGAUCCUCAAA